AUUGAAAUUAUGAAUUUUGUUAUUAAAAUGUUUUAUUAGACUAAUAAUGUAAUUUUAUUGACUUAGCCGGCUUUUCUUAAUUAUUUUUAUUGUUAUAUUUACCAGCGUUUAAUUUUUCUGCGUGGACUUUCAAGUAUUCAAACAUGUUACAAAAAUGGAAGAAUAUUCUUAUAAAUUGGGUGAAUUGUUAUUUUAAUACGAGCAAUAAUAAACAGCAAGAUAUUAAUGUGCAGUCGCUGCUCAAUAUAAUUUCACAUUUACGUGAAAAUCUCAAUUUAGACGAUUCUAAAUCAUCAGUACUAGAAGCACAUACAAUAGAGGAAUUCAUUUUGGAGAAGUAUCCAGAAUUUAAAUUUAAAAAUGGAACAAUUGAACCCACUACUCAGGAGGAAAUUUAUGUGGUUGCAUCUCUAUUACUUUUCUUUGUGUGUGUUAUUUCUAAGGAUGUGGAUAUAAAAAAUGCAAUGUGCAGUAAACUGAGUGCAGACGACCAGGAGGUUAUAUUAAAAUUUAGUAAGUCCCUUAUGGAGUGUCACCUUAUAUCUUAUAGGGAUGUGCAAACUGCUAUUACAGAAGCCUGUGGUCAGGAAGUAGCAUCUGCACACAGCUCUCACUCUAUAAUCUCGGCAACUCCACCAGCGUUACGAUCUCUGCAUAGUGAAGUAAGGCGAUUACAAGCCGCUCUUGAUGCUGAACGUUUUGACAGGAAUUAUCUGCAAGAAGAACUGGCCAGGAUGAAUAUGAAACUAGAAAAACUAUUGAAGGACAAAGAAAAAUAUAAACUGGAUAUAGUAAAUCUUAAAGCUAAGAUUUCAAUGUGCUGUGGACAAGAGACAGAACAACCAGGGGUCAAUGCUGUUACAGAGGGCUCCCUCAAAUUGACGAGGCAACUACAGCAAUUGGAAGAGAGACUUGUAGAAACACAGGGCCAGCUUGAUGAUGCAUUCUAUGAAAGAGAUACAUAUAAAACCAAGGUUGACACCUUAAAACAGGAGCGUGACAAAUGGCUGGCUGUCAGCCAGCAGGAGACAUCACAGGUCAUUAAAUUAAGUGAAGAAUUAGAAGUAGAACGUCAGCAGGUACAAUCUCUGCAAGACUUAGUGACUGAGCUUCGUCAACACAAUCAGCUAAAUAGAUUUGACUCAAGCCAACUGGAAUGUGAUGACCCUGACACUAGUAUCCGUUCCAUACAACAUAAUUCAUCUAUAUGUAGUGAAGUUUGCGCUAAUGUAGUAGAAGUACAGCUAGGAGAAGAACGUGCAAAGAUUGUUGCUCUUAAGCAACAAUUACAAACUUUACAGGAUCAAUUAAAUGAACUAAAUCAGAAAAGCGAACAGGACAAACAAGCAAUGGAGUUAAUCAUAUGUGAAAAGGAGUCGGAAAUAGUCAACCUUAAACAUCGUGUCAAUGAAGAGUUGGAGGAACAGAAUAAUUUGAAAUCCCAUUUUAAUGAUGAAAUUAGCAAACUCAAUAAUGAAAUAAAUGAAAUGGAACAACAGCUUAAAUAUAACACAGAACAAUCUAGACGAGUCCUUGAGAAAAAAAUGGAUGAAAUUAGAAUUUUGCAAGAAGAGAAAAUAUCUUUGUUGCAUAGUUUGUCUGAUGAAACAACUAAACUUGAUAAUAUUAUUAAAAGUCUAAGGACAGAUUUAGAUACAGAAAAAAAUACAAAAAUAUCUAUGAAAGAGGAGUAUGAAAAUCAUAUAAUGAAAUUAAAUGAGAAGGUUCUAAAUAGGAAUAAUGAAUUGGUGGAACUGCAGAAUAAUUUGCUACAAAAUAGUGAACAGCUUGAAUAUCUACAUGCAGAAGUCAGGAAGGAGAGGCAAAUUAAACAAGACCUAAUUAAUAAACAUUGCAUGGAAUUACAACAGUUCAAUGAAAAACAAAACCUAACAGACAACAUACUAAAACAAAAAACCAAUGAAAUAGAGCAGCUACAGAAGAAACUUGAACUUAAUCUAACUUGUACAGAAAAAUUACAUAAUGAUAUUAGUAAUUUAGAAUUGAAAAUCUCGGAUUUAGGAGAUAACUGUAGAAGUUUAGAAGACAAUAAACUGGCAUUGCUUCAAGAAAUUAGGAAUCGUGAUGCUAAGAUUGAAGAAAUUCAAAAGGAAGUAGAAAAUGUUGAUAAUAUAUUUAAAGAGGAGCAAGAGAAAUGGUUAUUUGAAAAAGAUGAAAAAAGUGUUACAAUCAAUGCAUUACAAAUGCAACUUCAAAAUGAAAUAGAUUUUAAAAUGCAAUUACAGAAUGAAUUGACACAGUUGCAAAAUAAUAGAAUUUCUUUGUUAGAUAAUGUUAACAGACUUAAUUUGGAACUUGAAGACUCGAAAAAAGAAUUGGAAAUAAAGGAACAAACUAUUGUUGGAAUGGACAUAUAUCUCCAUGAAGAAAAACAAAAGAAUGUCAAAAUGACGAAAGAAAAUGACGAAUUACAGGAAAAAGUAAAAGUAAUGUCUGAUGAUAUUGCAGUUAAAGAAAUUAUAACUAAAGAUAUUGAGAAUAUUCUACUAGAAAAGAAGAGGUUUUAUGAAGACGAAAUUCGUAAUAAAGAUGCCUUAAUAGAAUGUGAACAUCAUAAAUUAGUUGAUGCGCUUGAAGAGAAGAAUACAGUUCAAUCUGAGCUCAUAUCAAUCACCAAUGAAAAGCAGAAACUUGAAAAAGAACUAAAUGAAAAAUAUACGGAAGUGCUACAGUUUAAGGCGGAAUAUACGAAAAUGAUACAGAUAGUAGAAGAAAAGAAUUCAACAAUUGGAGCUUUAACUACUAAAUCAGAACAACAUGCAAUUAGUCUAAAAGCCAUGGAAACCAGUGCUAUAUGUAAUGAAACUGAGUUAAAAGAAGCAAGAGACAAUAUUUGUAUGCUCAAACAACAAAUAAAAUCUUUACAGGACCAAUUAGAGAAAUCAAGCAAAAAAAGCAAACAUGAUAGACAUGAAAUGGAGUUAUGUAUAUCUGAAAAAGAAACUGACAUAUUAAAUUUAAAACAUCAUAUUAACAAAGUCAGUGAGGAGAAAAGUAAAAUUGAAGUAAUUACUAAGGACGAAGUUACGAAACUUAAUAGCAAAUUAAAUGAAUUGGAACUAAAGCAUAAAGAAAGUAUUAAAGAGUUUACACAUGUAAUCGAGACAAAAACGCACGAGUUGAAAGUUGUCCAAGAAGAGAAAAUGUCUCUUUUGAAAAAUUUGAGUCAUGAAAAUAAUAAACUUGAGGAAAUUGUAAAAACUCUAAAAGUUGAUUUUGAUGUGGAAAGAAAUGCAAAAAUAUCAAUGAAUGAAGAGUAUGAAAAUCGUAUCACGUCAUUAAAUCAGACAAUAUUAGACAGGAAUAAUGAAUUAGUGGAGCUUCAGAAUAAUUUGUUUGAAAAGACUGAAAUGCUUGAGAAGCUGCAUAUAGAAAUCAAAAGGGAGAGUCAGAGGAACUUAGAUAUUUCUAACAAGCAUCAUGACGAGUUAGAAUCUUUAUGUGAACAAAGAUUACAUAUGCAAAAUAUCUUAGACCAGAAAGUCCAAGAACUAGAACAGUUAGAAAAGAAAUUACAAGAGUAUGCAACCUAUACUGAGGAAUUAAAUAAUCAAAAUAAUGAUUUGAAAUCUACUAUUACUAGUUUAAAACAAAAUUGUAAGAAUUUAGAAGAAAAUAAAUCAACAUUAAUUUUUGAAAUGAAGAACCGUGACAGUAAAAUUGAGGAAAUUGAGAAUAUUCGUAAAGAAGUCGAGUUUGAAAAUAACGUGUUUAGACAGGAGAAGGAGAAAUGGUUAUGUGAUAAAGAUGAAAAAAAUGUUACAUUAAAUGACUUACAGAUGCAGUUGGAAAAUGAAGUACAGUUUAAAAUACAGUUACAAAAAGAAUUGAAUCAUUCACAAAAAAAUAACAGUUCGUUACUGGAAGAUAUGACAAAUCUUAAUUUGGAAUUAUCAAACUUAAAGCAAGAUGUAGAAAUUAAAAAUCAGACUAUUGUAGAAAUGGAAUUAAAUUUAGAGAAAGAAAAAAAUAUAAAUGAAGGAUUGAAAACAAAUUAUAAUAGACUGCAAGAGGAGGCUCAAAUAUUGACAAAAGAAGUUAAUGCUAAAGAUAUUAUAAUUGCAGAAAUGCAGAAUACUAUAGAAGAGGAAAAGAAGUACUUUGAGAACGAAAUUCUUAAAAGAGAGAAAUUGUUAGAAUCUGAACAUCAACAAUUGUUAGUAGUGCUUGAAGAGAAAAAUACAAUUAAAGCUGAACUUACUUCUGUUGUCAAUGACAAAAACACUCUUGAAAAAACUGAAAAUCAUAAAUGUACAGAAAUAAUGCAAUUAAAAGAAGAAUUAAAGAAAAUGAAAGAGUUAUUAGAAGAAAAUAAAUCAAACGUAUCUAGUGAAAUUAGUGCUAAGAAAGAAAUAGAACAGCAUUUAGCACAAGAAAGAGCUAAUAUUGAUCUGCUUAAGCAACAAGUACAAACUUUACAGGAUGAAUUAAUUAAAUCAUGUAAGACGAGAGAAGACGAAACUCAAGCAAUGGAAUUAGUUAUAUCAGAAAAACAAUCUCAAUUAAAUAACUUGAAAUAUCAUAUUGAUGAAGAGAUCGAAGAGAAAAAUAUGGUUAAAAUCAAGUUUAAUGACCUGAUAAGUAAACUUAACACUGAAAUAAAUGAACUGCAACAAAAGCUUAAAGAUGAUACACAACAGUCUUUGAAAAUAAUUGAUACAAAAGUGGAAGAGGUGAAGAUUCUGCAACAAGAAAAAUUGUGUUUAAUACAAAAAUUGUCUGAUGAAACAACUAAACGUGAUAGCAUUAUACAAAGUAUGAAAGGUGAACUUAAAAGAGAAUUAAAUAGUAAAGCAUCUAUGGAAGAAGAAUAUGAAAAUCAAAUAAUAAAAUUAAAUGAGAUAGUAUCAAACACUCAUAAUAAAGUAAUGGAGCUUCAGAAAAAUAUAUCGAAGAAUAGUGAAGAGCUUGAACAAGUACGCGAAGCAUUAAGAAAAGAAAGACAGCUUAAUCAGGAUCUUACUGAUAAAUAUUACAUGGAAUUAAAGGAGUUAAAUAAGCAAAAAAUGCACACAGAUAAUAUUUUAGAACAGAAAGUUGUUGAGUGUGAGCAGUUUCAAAAGGAAUUGCAACAAAGUGUAGCCUAUAGUGAGGAGUUAAAUAAAAAUGUUUCAGAUUUGAAAAUGACUAUUUCUCAAUUAAAUGAGAAUUGUAAAAUUUUAGAAGACAAUAAGUUGACAUUACUUUUAGAAGUCAAGGACCGUGACGCGGCAGUAGAAAAAAAUCGAAAGGAAAUUGAUAACACUAACACAAAGUGGUUACAAGAUAAAGACGAAAAUAAUGUAACCAUAAAUGCACUACAGAUGCAGCUGAAAAAUGAAUUAUUCAUAAAAAUGCAAUUACAAAAAGAAUUGACUGAUUUGCAAAAAGUCAGAGGUUCAUUGCUUAGUGAUAUUAAUCUUCUCAAUCUGGAACAUACAAAAAUAAAAAAAGAAAUUGAAAAUAACUAUCAGACUAUAAAUGAAAAAGAACAACAAUUAAAGGAAGAGCAACUGAAAAAUGAAAAAUUGAAAACGGAUCAUGAAGAAUUGCAAGAAAAGGUAAGGAUAAUAUCACAGGACAUUACAACUAAGGAUAUAGCAUUGAAAGUAGUGAAGGAGGAAAAGACUUCUUAUGAAGAUGAAAUUCUCAAAAAAGAUGCAUUAUUAGAAUUUGAACAACAGAAACUAUUGGAUGUACUGGAGGAAAAAAGUGCUGUUCAAGCUGAAUUAAUAUCAGUAAUGAAAGAAAAAGUUGCACUUGAAAAAGAUAUAAGUCAAAAGGGUAUUGAAGUGUUACAAUUAAAAGAAGAGUAUGCUAAAUUGAUGCAGAUAUUAGAAGAAAAUAGAUUAAAUACCGACAACAAACUCCUGGACGUGACCAAAGAACUCGAGGUUAGUAAGGAAAAUUGCCAACAACUCUCAACUCAGCUGAAGAGAAUAGUCCACCAGAAGAAUGAAGAGAUAGCAGAACUCAAAAAGCAGGUUUCAAAAAUGAGUGUGACUGAAAAUAGAGCAACUCAAAUUAUAAAAGUCUCAUCUAAGUACCAGGCGAUCAUAUUAAAAAGGAUAGCUGAAAUAAAAAAUAAUACUGUAUUGAAGGAGUUGACAAACUUCGGCAACUCGGCUAACUGUGAUAACGAAGUGAGACGCAGCUUGUAUGCCGGCACUAUCACUAUGGAGGACUUGGAGAAUUUCUUGGAAACAACUGAAAAACAUUUGCGCCGCUGUUCUGAAAAACAGAUCGCAUUGCAAAAGGAACGAGACAGAUUGACCGAUGUGAAUAGAAUCAAUGAAUCCGAGGUUAUAAACUUGAAAAAGUUUUUGACAGAGCUAGCAGUUGGCUACAAAACAUUUUGUAAUAUUAAGGAUCUGUAUGCGCAAAAAUUGAGUAGGAUAGUGACUGUACAGAGGACGGUCCGCCGAGAGAUCUUAAAUCUUGAUGGGCGUAUAACAGAGGCGACUAUGUGUAAGUUAGAGAGGGGCUACGCGGCAGUCAUGCAAGACUUGUCAGAGUGUUCUCUGAACAUGCAAAGGUGGAUCGAGCGAAGUAUUGACAGGACUAUUUCUCCUGAGAAAAUUCAGCAAGCUUUCACGUGUGAAAACGAUCGUGUCUCGCUAGCAUCCAUGUCUUUCCAAAACAACAGCUUAGAUAUACAGUUAGAGGAGAUGGAGAAAUCAUUCCAGAAGUUACUAGAAGAAGUGCUGAGGGCGCAGAAAGGAGAGGGUGCAAAGGACGCGCAAUCGGUCACCAUGAUGGAAAUACGCGCCGAAUACGAGGACAAACUCAACAGAAUGAAGGCAAAAAUGAAAGAACUUUACCACGAGCAGAUCGCAGUGUUCCAAUCUCGACAGAAAGAAGAGAUUGCGGCAUUGGAGCAUGAGUUGCAGAAGAGUAAACAGAAGUUGUUGGAGUCGAGCCGCGCUUACGAAGAGCAUAUAAAGUCCCUUACGACAGAGCUGUGGACGGUUGGCGAAAAGUUCCUUAUGAAGCAAGACGAAGCAGAGUGGUUGAGAAAGAAACAGCGCUACGGGUCAUUGAUGUCACUACAGCAUGUACAUUCGUCAGGCUUAAUGCCGACACAAGAGGUGCCAUCUCGACCGUCUGACACACAUUCACUUCGCUCCUUACCUGCAUUUAAUAACAAUACCAAUGGUAAACGUGAGGGCCGUGGUUUACACAUGUCAGAUGAAGAAGGCGAGGUAUUCGACAACCGUUGUCUGAAAGAGUUGUCCUCGACGCCGCGCCGGUCGCCUCCGCCCGGGCUACGACUAUCGGAGCUCCGCUGGCGGAAUUCACUGUGUCCACCACACCUAAAGAGUUCCUACCCAGCCGAGACGCAGUUCGCCUCCGCCAUUGAUGAAGAUGAUAUUAAGUGUUCUACUAUGAUAAACGGUGGCGGUCGACCACAGCGCAAGGAAGUUGGCAUCACCGCUUAUAAGAAGCCCGGACCGCCGACACCAAGCAAGCAAGCUGGGAGACUGUCUGCCACGGAUUCGGAACUCCGUGAGUCGUUGCGCGUGGAAAUGGACCCGCAGGCGCAGGCGUCGCGCAAGACUAGCACUCCCUCCCGUUUCCGUGCGUUUUUCAGAUCUGCCAGACACGAUAUUAGUGACGGUACCCCACGAAAACGAUCGAGCAUUUUCAGGAAGAAGUAACUAUGAUGGAAUUGUAUGGGAAACAAAAUUGCUGAAUAAUAAA